GUGGUUUGGCUAUGGAGGAAAUGCCUUUAUCGGCGCUAUUCGAGCAAGCUAGGAAAAUUCAUCUCGCUGCUUCAGAGUCCGGUGUUGAUCAGGAUGUUGUGAAGAAAGGAUGUGAGAUGUUUCAGAAGUGCGAAGACAUGAUCGGGAAGCUGGCGCUGUUUUCGUCUAACGAGACUAAAGAAGAUAUUAGCACCAACAAUCUCAAAUAUCUUUUGGUACCUUAUUACCUUGCGGAGUUGACAGAGAAAAUCAUACAGGACGACCGGAUUCUGACUGUCAAAGCCUCGUAUCCAAAGUUGAAGGAGUUCUUUUCGUUCUGUGAGGCAAUGGAACUUGUUCCGGAUGAGGAGUUGGCGGCUUCUUCACGAGGAGGUUCUGGUGCACCUUCUGAUCGAAGGGCUCAGAAGAUAGCUCGGUUCAAACGUCAAAAGGCUGCAGAGGCAAAGCUUCUUGAAAUUAAAGAGAGAAAGGAGCGACGUGGACGUUCCACUAAAGCAUCAGCUUUGUCGACUCCGGUUGAAUCUGGAGAAGAAGAUAUUCCAGAUGAUGACAGCGAAGAAGAGAGAGAGGUUUGUAAUGAGUUUGAAAUCCAAAGUGUAGACCAAACCUUCAAAGAAAUCCUUAGAGAGAAUAUGUUUCUCGUCACAAUAACCUCAACUAUCAUAUCUCAAAUAAUCGUGAUCGAGUUUGCCAGCAUUUUCAUUUCUUCCGUCAGGCUAGACUUGAAAAAAUGGGUGACGACAAGUCUUUUGGGAUUGCUCAGGUUCUGCUCAUAA